UACACACGCAUACAGUGAAAACUAAGUUUCCCCGCCCUAAUGCCCGGAUCUUCCAGAGGCACUCCCUACAUAUAAAACGCCUGAUGAAUGAGGUGGUCCAUACAUCUCCCACCAUCGGUAGCAACGUGGAGGAGAUUGUUCUGCAAAAGACACACUUCCUCAUGUGGGACAUAGGGGGACAGGAGGCUCUGCGCUCUACCUGGAACACGUAUUACUCCAACACUGAGUUCAUCAUCCUUGUGAUUGACAGCACGGACCGGGAUCGGCUGCUGACCACUCGGGAGGAGCUGUACAGGAUGCUGGCCCAUGAGGCUCUGCGAGAUGCUUCCGUCCUGAUCUUUGCCAACAAGCAGGAUAUGAAGGACUCCAUGACCACCGUGGAAAUCUCUCAGUUCCUCACUCUUAGUGCCAUCAAAGACCACCCGUGGCACAUACAGGGAUGCUGUGCCCUCACUGGGGAAGGGCUGCCCGCGGGGCUCCAGUGGAUGCAGUCUCAGACCACUGCCAACUGAUGUCCCAGGCUGAGGCCAUCCAAAUACUUUGGGGGUUUUGCUUGGACUACGUGGGUGGAAAACCCAAGUGACUAUUCCUUUUCUAUGAUUCUCGGAUGGGAGCUGGGUCGGCUCACAGUGACGUGAGAUUGCCACAGUCCACCCAACCCUGUGAGCUUGACUGCAUGCCCUGAAUUGCUGUAGACAGGACAGCAGAAAAGCUGCCCUUUCCUCCGUGGAAGCAGGUGUCCUUGGAGGCACCAGGCAAGCUGUCGGACAUGUUGAAGGAUUAGGACGUGGAGCCCAGUCCCCUUGGCCUGCAGCCUCUUUGAGGAAAAAAUGGGGGGGGGGCGGAG